CUUUUUUAACGAGCACGAGGCAAGCUCCGCGGCGUAUCGAGACGAACGGGCUUCGCGCGUCGACUAGUCUUCGCCUGGGAACCGCUCGUGUCCCACUCGAACGAAUUGGCCGAACGAGAAGACCGUGGUCGCCGACCGAUUCGCCGAUCCCGCAGUCCAAUUGUCGAAAUCCUCGUGGGACGAGUGGAUUUGGUUCAGCGAUCGUCGACGAAAACGUCGAGGACAAUUCGAUAUAUCGAAGCCGAUCCGCUCUCGAGAACAAGAAACCGUUCGCGAUCUGCGCGAUCGUGAUCGUGAUCCACGAAGGUUGGAUCCGUUCGAAUUGAUUUCGAAACAUCGUCGGACGAGAGAAUAAUAUAUCGAAGUCGCGAGUUAUUCGAAAUUGCUUCUCGAUCGUUGGAUCCUUGCGUUUCGAUCAUCGUGUCUAGACGAUAGAAGAGGGGGGGAGGAGGGAGGAGAGAGGCCGAGUUCGAAUAUCGUGGUGGUUUUUGUGGUGGAUUAAAGUGGUUAAUUCGAGGUUAAUUCAGAGAGAAGAAGAAGAAGAAGAAGAAGAAGAAGAAGAAGAAGAAGAAGAAGAAGCCGCAUGCCUCGCUGACAAGUUCUCAGGAUGGUCUGGUAGAGGAGAAGGAGACGGAGGAGAAGAGAGAGGAAGAGAGAAAGAGAGAGAGAGAGAGAGAGAGAGAGGUCUGAUGGUUCGAUCGCGAGAAAUGGCGUGCGGAAUAUCGUUCGAAGCGACUGCCACGAGCACGGUACUUUUCCUGCUGGUACUGCUGAAGGCGGCACUGGUAUGGGACGAAGUACACGGCGCUCCAGCGAAGAGGAACGACAUACUCGCGGGCACGGAAUUCCUGUCCGUUUUCAUAAACGGCGCCAUGGCGACACCACCGCAGCGGCGCAGAGGUUUCAGACGCGGAGGACAGCCGGCCUCGUCAGGAGACAGCGCGACAGCGGAAUCUCAUCAGCACGAGGCGUCGAUUUACCGAAUAUCGCGCAAUCCCGGGAACAGACAGGUGGUCCCAAGAGCGAGGAACACAAGCGGCCGUGAGGAGGUGGUUCGAUUCUAUCCCAUAAGUCACAAAACGUUGGAGAACAGGCAGCAGAAUCUGGCGUCGUUGAUCGACGAGUUGACCACCACCGGCGACAUAUCCUCGACGAGGCUUGCUCCCCAGAGUUCGAUCAGCGCGACGACGACAGCCACGUCGACAGCCGCUAUGCGAGAGAAAUCGAGGACGAACGCGACGACGGCGAGCGUCAACUCGACCAACAAAGGGGUCGUAGGUCGGCAAAAGGUUAUAGGCGUCAGCGUGACGUCCACCGUCGAGGCCACGCCGUACAAGGUCAGGGUGGAACAUUACGACAAUACGGACGCGACGGUCGUCUCGAGGCCUCCGAGCUCCAUCUCAAUCUCGUCCAAAGACGUUACGAAGGAGACGAGGAAUGGCACGACGAGGGCUUCCACGACCACGAGGACCACGACCGCGAGAACAACGUCGACUACGAUCAGCGCGACAACCACGACCACCGUCCUUUCCACGAGGACGACCACGACUACCACGACCACGACCACACCGUCGUCCUCCAGCUUCGUCACGGAGGAUCUUAGCAACAUCGUGUCCGAGUCGAAUAGGAGCGAGUUUUCCGUGGACGAGGGAUCGCCGAGCACCAGUUGGCGAUCAGCCAAUCAUCAGAGCUCGAUCACGCCUGGCCCGCUCGCCAAACACACCCCGUCGUUCGGCCAACAUCGAAAGACGAACGGCACCACUGGAAGAAGCGCUUCCUCCACGAUCAUCCUGCCAACCGAGGACAACUACGAAUUGCCCGAGGAGAGCGAGGAGCCUAAAGAGCCGAGCGAGGAGCCCGUAGAGGUGCAAUCGGAACGGUACCAGGCGGUGCAAGGGCGGAAGGCAGGCAGACACUUCGACGCUUCCCACUACAAUCGACCGAGCAACAAGAUGUACGGCCAAUCGUCGAAGGGCUACAACAAAUCACCACGACCGUACAGCGAGCCGGCCAAGUCCUACAGCGAGCCGGCCAAAGUGUACAGCGAGCCUGAGAAAGUGUACGGGGAGCCGGCCAAGGUGUACAGCGAGCCGGCCAAGGUUUACAGCGAGCCGGCCAAAGUGUACGGUGAACCUGCCAAGGUGUACAGCGAGCCUGCCAAGGUCUACAGCGAGCCUGAAAAGGUGUACUCCGAACCGUCGAAAGUCUACUCGGAGCCUGCCAAGGUAUACUCUGAACCCGCCAAAGUGUACUCUCAACCGGCCAAGGUGUACAGCGAGCCUAGCAAGCUCUACGAUUCCGAGGGUCACCCGUUGAAUCGGCAGGGGGAACCUGACGAGCAGAAUUACGAGGUGGACGAGUCGGUGAGCGUGAGCAGCAAUGGAAACGUGCACGGGCCCCAGAUGAUGCUCACCGAGCCCUCGAACGCCUCCGAGGUGGAGGAUGGCCACAAAGUGGGCUACGUGGUCGAGGGUAGGAAUUACAGGAAGUACAGAGUCGAGGAGAGGACUCCGGAUGGCUUCAUCGUUGGGGAAUACGGGGUCGUGAGCCACGACGAUGGCUCCUUGAGGGGUGUCAGGUACACUGCGGACGGUACCAUCAACCCUCGGUUAAUUUACGACGCGCUGAUGAAAUUUCUGGCCCUGUGAAAGGUGAAGAGGUGUGGAAACAGAUGUGGACACGGAAGUGUAGGACGAGGGAGGUACGGAGUCGACGACGUGUCGCGUGGCUUUUGUCGAAAUCGACGACGAGACAGAGCGAUGGCCACUUUUUAAUCGUGAUUUUAAUCGAAUCGGGAGGUAAUCUAGCGAUUGUUCAAAUUCUAAGGUGAAAUUGAAUAUUUCAUGAAUAUGAAAUGUGUCUAUGUGUUUCUAUUUGUGUAUUCAUCGUAUCGCCAUUGUCGAAGACGAUAUUGCGUAAGACCGAGAAAUUCAAUGUCAUAGCAAGGAUAAAACGAACGAUUAAACGAGCUUCACGAACAAGCGAACGAAAACUUGGAUUCGUUAGGCGCGGAUGGUUAUCUUUGGUCGGUCGUCACAGGCUCCGUCGUUUCUGAGGUCUAAGGAAAAGGUCACAGCGAUUCUCCGCUGACUUGGCUGAUCGAGUCUUUCGUCAGAGAGUUGAAAUUAUAAAGAAUACCAAUUUAAACAUUAUUAUUCGUCGCUCGUUAAAGUUAAAAUGUACAACGCGAUAAUGGACACUGAUUAUUUUCCUUUCGAUAUGUAUAAAUCGGUAUAUUUAUUUUUAUUUCAAUUUCCCAACCUGUAAUAGUAUCAAAAAUUUAAGAAAAGAACAUAAAUACUCUAUAAGAAUCUCAAUUUCGAUUGCAUAAAGCAAUGUGCAUAUCAUCUUUUCUUAUAGAAUUAAAUUAAAAAUUUGAUUUCACAUAAAUAUCGAUAUAUUUGUAUAUUGAAGAUUGGUAUAUCUAUAUUUCACAAAUAUAUUAAUUAAUAUCUUCUCAUGGAAAACAACUGUAUAUUUUAAUUAUUCGUUUAAAAACAUUGAAUCGUGUGAUACUUCGUACAUAUUAUUCUUCGAAAAUCAAUUUUAUCGUCAUUAUCAAUGCCAUUACGUUAUAAAAACAAUAAUUCAAUUCGCUGUCUCGUCCAAAGCGACGCGAUUAAGUCGACGGUAAACGAAAACGACUGAUUCUUUCGCUCUUGCCAACGCAACUGCCUCAACCGAUUAAUAUUUAAGAAUGGCCUUCCACCAGGAAAUCUCGCUGGUGUCUGGCGUCGGUGUCCACUCUUUUAUGACAGGAAGGAAAAGAUAGUCGCUGGACGAUUCGAUCGGGCGAAAUGCGUGAUAUUCGAAGCGAAACAAUUCUCGUUGCGAAACAAAAGUACGCUUCCCUUUCGAUGGCGAAAGCGAUACCUAACCUAACUUUUGUGCGCGCGCUCGCCUCCUCGAUGGCCUUUGAGAAGCCUCUCGAGCGGCAAUUUCUUUUCCCUUCUUUCGUCUAGCGAUUCGAAAACUCCUCGAUCGUGGCGCCACCACGUAGUUGCGUAAAUUUUUGUGAUCGCGUUAAUCGCGCAAGCGUGUUUUCUUUCUCUCGAGAUUUGUUAAAAUUAGGAAGGUGGUGGUAGUGGUGAUGGAGAUACGACGCACGGUGUUUGGUGGUUCAGUCGAUGAUUGUUUAUUGGUAAAGAUAUUUUUCGUACAAUGAUUUUUUUUUCUUUUUUUCAUUUAAUUCCAAAGUAUUAACGCUAGAAUUAUGAAAUUCCGAAUCAAUUCGAGAGCAGCUUCAGAUUCUUUUUAUUUAAUUAUUAGAAACAAGUGCGAGUGCUUCUAAUCGUAAAUCUAAUUGUUUUUAUAUUCGUAUUUUAACUUUAGUGUUUCAACUGUGUAUAAUGUAUAAGUUCAUAGUUGUAGCGUUAAGACGAAAAAAAAAAUGUGGAGAAAAUCUUAAAAAUUGUACAAUUUGUUAAAUAUAAAAUAUGAUCGAUAUAUAGAAGAGAAUCGACUGAACGUAUAUGUCGCGUGCUUUCGUCACUACGACGCUUCUGUGAUGAAAAAGCGGAUCGAGAAGUCGCAGCUGCCCGGGCCUCCAUUUUGGAUUCACUCUUACCAAGUUAAUUUAACACCUUUAUCUCGAUCGCCUGAAACUCGAAGGCUCCGCAGCUGCGGCCAAAUUGCUGACUUGUCACGGCAGCGUCUCUGCGCACUUCUUUAUAGGAUUUAUGUAUCUAUUGUGCUAAGCUCUUUAAAGACGUUCCCGCGUCAUGGAAGUAUCUCACUCGUCGAGAGAGCCGUAUAAACGAUAACGUUAUUUUAUUAUUAGGGUUUUAAAUAGCUCAUUCUUCCUCAUUACCUCAAUCUUUGAGAUAGUUCCUUCUGCCAUUUAAAUAACGUGUAAUUCACUUUAAAUUAUAAAACACGAUCUCGAACAGAAUUGUUACUUCGAACGAUCCGAAUAAGACAAUAUUAUAAAAUAUUUUUCGGACAAAAAUUGUAUUAUAUUAUCUUGUAUUAUUUAGCGAUAGAUUUAUAUAGAUUUUUAAAUUUUAUAUGA